CCUCCUGCAAAGUCUGAGAAACGGAAGAAAGAAAAGUACUGCCAGCAUGCCAGAAGUCGGAAGUCAAAUGAAAGCUUUCAAGGGCUCUAUGGGGUCACCAAAGCUUACCUUGGGCGACUUACGGUCGGCAGAUGACGCAAUUGUGAAGUUUUGUCAAGUGCAGAGCUUUCCGGAUGAAAUUGCGAGUUUGAAGAGUGAAACUAGGAACGUCAAAAGACAAAGCCCAAUCUUUAAGCUUGAUCCUAAGCUGGAUAAUGGAAUACUGAGAGUCGGGGGAAGACUGAGUAAGCUGGCCAUGCCGGAAGAGACAAAGCACCCCGUCAUCCUAGCAAAGAAUCACCAUGUGUCUAAGUUAAUUCUUGAAAAUAUCCAUAGACAAAUAGGACAUUGUGGAAGGAAUUACAUGUUAUCUGUUUUAAGGCAGAAAUAUUGGAUCCCUUUUGCCAAUGCAUUGUCCAGGAAAAUUAUAAACGACUGUGUAAAAUGUAGACGUCUACGAGGUAACGUUUGCGAGCAGAAAAUGGCGGAUUUGCCUAGUGACAGGAUCACUCCCGAUCUGCCACCCUUCACUAAUGUCGGAGUGGAUUAUUUCGGCCCCAUGGAGGUCAAAAGAGGAAGGGGCACAAUAAAAAGAUAUGGAGUCAUUUUCACAUGUUUAGCCAGUCGUGCGGUACACCUGGAGGUGGCGCAUUCCCUUGACACAGAUUUGUGCGUUAAUGCCCUCCGACGAUUCAUUUGUAGGCGAGGACAAGUAAACAAAUUAAGAUCCGAUAACGGGACCAACUUCAUUGCUGCUGAGCGAGAGUUGAAGGAAGCACUUAAAGCAUGGAAUCAGGACAAGAUCAGCAAGGCUUUGCAACAGAAAGGUGUGAAAUGGACCUUUAAUCCCCCUGCAGCUGCCCAUCAUGGAGGUGUGUGGGAGAGAUUGAUUCGGUCGCUGAAAAAGGUUUUGCUCUCCGUCAUAAAACAGCGAAUAUUAGAUGACGAAAGCCUCACCACUGUCAUGUGUGAGGUUGAAGCUAUCCUUAAUAACCGUCCCCUGACCACUGUAUCAGAUGAUCCAAACGACUUGGAACCGCUGACCCCAAACCACCUACUACUAUCCAAAGUACAGCCCUUGCUCCCACCGGGAACCUUUAAGCAAGAGGACACGUACGUAAGAAGACGUUGGCGCCAAGUACAAUACAUAUCAGACCUGUUCUGGUCCAGGUGGCUUAAAGAGUAUCUACCACUCCUGCAGGAACGCCAGGAAUGGAGCAGAGUUAGGCGGAAUUUCAUGCAAGGAGACAUUGUGCUAAUAGCAGAUGUAAACGCCCCUAGAGGGUCAUGGGUUAUUGCUAGAAUCGUGAACAUCAACCCUGACCAAAGAGGUGUCGUGAGGAGUGUAAAGCUUCAAACCCGGACCAGCUUAAUCGAAAGACCGGUCACCAAGAUCGUGCUCCUGGUUCCGGCUACCGAAUGAAGACGCACACUUACAUACCCUCACAUUUUGAUUUGCCUUUGUUUUAGUUGGCUCCUUUUUUUGUUUUUCGUAUUGUUAGUGCGCACCCCGCCCAUAACAAUAGUUAUGGGCGGGGGAGCCAUUCCAUUGAAAGAGCCAUUCCAUUGAAAGAACUACAGGCGUCGCACUUUCGUUUUUCUUUCUGUUCGAUGACGCAAUCACUGCGUGUCCCGUGCCUAUAUAUAGUAAUUGAACGCAGGUGCGCGGGUCACAGGAGACGCCGACAGAAAUCGUUUUCAACCGCUCGGUACCACGCCGCAUCUAUACACACAAUAUGAAAAGAUAGGAACGUUUUCGAGGCAAAUAAGCGACGCAGUUUUAUUUUGAACCGAAGGAAUAGUGUAGGUGCAUGCAUCGUCUUUAAGUUGUUCAUUUGUUACUUUGAAUGGCACGCACACACCCACGGCAACCAGCCAAUCUCCAAACAAACUAACAGUAAGUGAUGCCGCAGCGCGUUGAAAUCCGUCCCAAGGCGUCCGUAAAAGACUUCAAUAAUUGGCAUGCUUGAAAGCCGUGACAGGAAGUAUUGGACCUUCCGCACCGCACGGAGAUUGAUGUAGCACAGGCACCUUCGGGGUUGUUUCCUACUUGCAUGAUAACCCGUGCAGAAGCGAAAAAAGGGUACGAUGGCUCUCUGUUUGAUAGUGUGCUUAAGCCGGUGUUGUUAGAGGAAGCUGGCAUGGAAAAUGGGACGGGGGUCUCUGCUGCGUUCUCCUGUGAGAGUGCCGCCGAGCCGGUGCGCUCCGCCAGCCCCAUCACCUGACGGCAAAUACCUCCUGGUAACUCGAGAACGCCUUUGCGUUGCUCAGAAGGCGGAUCCGACACUAAGGAAAUGCUUCAAUAAUGUGUAUACCGUCAUGGCGUUUGGCAUGUGUAACGCCCCAGCAACCUUUCAGAGGUUAGUAAACUUGGUUUUGGCCGGAGUGGCUAACUGUAACGCAUAUCUUGAUGAUCUGAUUGUGUACACUACCACUUGGGAGGAGCAAGAUCCUGAAUAGGUUUGCAGAGGACUAUACACAAUAUGCACACUGAAGGCCUGAUGCCACCAUAGGUUUGCAGAUAACU